AUGGCCGGUCCUACAGACGAAGCAACCCUUGAAAGGGUGGGUCAUGAAAGUGGGGCAGUUUCAGAAUUAAAGAAACAUUCGAAAGAAUAUUCAGUAACAGAUUCAGAUUCUAACGCAGUGACAUCAGAAUUGGAUGAUACACCUUUAAAGUCUGAUUCGAAUAAUGGUAGUUCAGACGAACCAACUACGGUUGUUCCUCAAUCCGUUGUUAAGGAUGAUUUGAACGCCUUCUGUGAACCUAUUCAAUUAAAUUCUUCUCCUAAAGAAAGCCGUGAUUUUACAGACAUUUCUCAGCCUGAAGAACAUGUUCCGGAUAUUGAAAAGGAAAAAGAACGUUUAAGUUCUAGUCAUCAAGAAGAUGACAGACUCAGUGAUACAUUUAACCCCUCCCUCCUCGGCUAUACCGCCGCCGAAAGUGUCGACGGUAGCCAUCCGGACUUUACAGACGCUCUAUGUGAUCCAGAUGAUACAGUGCAUCGAAGUUCAUCCGAGAGUUUGGAUGAAAGUAUGAGACCCCACUCAUCCCUUUUCUCUCCUCAUCCUUUUACCACAUCCACUCCACGCCCCAGAAUAUCAUCUACACCGUGUAGUGGUGCACAGCGUCCACAUGUUCCAUAUUCUGGUUCUACAGAAGGACCUUUUUCUAAUCCAGCGGCUAGCAGCAGUUCUAAAUCUUAUGAUUAUCUCUUAAAGGUUCUUUUGGUUGGUGAUAGUGACGUUGGGAAACAAGAAAUAAUAACAGGGAUGGAGGAUGGAUCUAUGGAUUCCGUGUACUGUACAUCUACAGGAGCAGCGUACAAGACAACAAUUAUUCUGAUAGACGGGAAGAAGGUUAAACUACAUAUUUGGGACACUUCAGGACAGGGCAGAUUUUGUACAAUUAUCAGGAGUUACUCCCGUGGAGCCCAGGGAAUACUUCUAGUUUACGAUAUCACCAACAGAUGGAGUUUUAAUGGAAUGGAUAGAUGGGUCAGAGAGGUAGAGGAACAUGCACCAGGAAUACCUAAGGAGCUGUGCAGGAUGGCUCUCAAACGGAACGGAAUGGAACGGCUGUGGCGGUCAAACCGCGUCCUAACACUUCAAGAGCUCUGCUGCCACGCAAUCGUCGGCCGGACUAACGGAUACGGCAUUGACAAACUUCCACUUCCUGAUGCGAUCAAAGCGAACCUGAAGAGCUAUGCAAUGACGUCUUAUCCUGUGAAACACGGAAGAAAAUCUAUGAAAGAGCGGAAAAAGCGUACAAGACCGCCAGAUGCGUCUGGUGCAAACUGCGUCAGUUUUUCCAGAAAGUCAUGCGUCAUAUCAUAA